ACCCUGGGCUGGGAGUCGGAGAGCCGAGAGCGCUGCUCGGAACUGCCUGGAAACUUCAGUGGGGCGACAACUUUUACCAGUUUCAGUCCAGGAACUUUUCUUUGCAAGAGAGACGGGGUGCAAGUGGCCCCGGUUUUGUUCUCUCUCUUCCCUUCCUUCUCCUCCUCUCCGAAUCGCCUUCCCCGGGUUUGGAGCGGGCAGCUGAGUACCGGACACCCAGCGCCUCUGCUAAGUGUCCACAGUCGCAGCCCGGUGACGCACCAACCUCCCCGGGAGCCGCUCGCUCGGCGUCCGCGUCCGGGCAGCCGAGGGAAGAGGAGCCCUAGCCGCCGCGGCUUCUCGCCUUUCCCAGCCACCCGCCCCCCUGCCCCGGGCUCGCGUAUGAAUCUCCUGGACCCCUUCAUGAAGAUGACCGACGAGCAGGAGAAGGGCCUGUCCGGCGCCCCUAGCCCCACCAUGUCCGAGGACUCGGCUGGCUCGCCCUGCCCCUCGGGCUCGGGCUCCGACACGGAGAACACGCGACCCCAGGAGAACACGUUCCCCAAGGGCGAGCCGGAUUUGAAGAAGGAGAGCGAAGAAGACAAGUUUCCCGUGUGCAUCCGCGAGGCGGUCAGCCAGGUGCUGAAGGGCUACGACUGGACGCUGGUGCCCAUGCCGGUGCGCGUCAACGGCUCCAGCAAGAACAAGCCACAUGUCAAGCGGCCCAUGAACGCCUUCAUGGUGUGGGCGCAGGCUGCACGUAGGAAGCUGGCGGACCAGUACCCGCAUCUGCACAACGCCGAGCUCAGCAAGACUCUGGGCAAGCUCUGGAGACUGCUGAACGAGAGCGAGAAGAGACCCUUCGUGGAGGAGGCGGAGCGGCUGCGCGUGCAGCACAAGAAAGACCACCCCGAUUACAAGUACCAGCCACGGCGGAGGAAGUCGGUGAAGAACGGGCAGGCAGAGGCCGAGGAGGCCACGGAACAGACUCACAUCUCUCCUAACGCCAUCUUCAAGGCGCUGCAAGCCGACUCCCCGCACUCCUCCUCCGGCAUGAGCGAGGUGCAUUCCCCAGGCGAGCACUCCGGGCAAUCUCAGGGUCCACCGACCCCACCCACCACUCCCAAAACCGACGUGCAAACUGGCAAAGUUGACCUGAAGCGAGAGGGGCGCCCUCUGGCAGAGGGGGGCAGACAGCCCCCCAUCGACUUCCGCGACGUGGACAUCGGUGAGCUGAGCAGCGACGUCAUCUCCAACAUCGAGACCUUUGACGUCAAUGAGUUUGACCAAUACUUGCCGCCCAACGGCCACCCGGGGGUGCCGGCCACACACGGGCAGGUCACCUACACUGGCAGCUACGGCAUCAGCAGCACCGCAGCCACCCCUGCCACCGCUGGCCACGUGUGGAUGUCAAAGCAGCAGGCGCCUCCCCCUCCUCCGCAGCAGCCCCCGCAGGCCCCGCAAGCCCCGCAGGCGCCUCCGCAGCCGCAGGCCCCCCCGCAGCAGCAGCAGGCACCCCAGCAGCAGCAGGCACACACGCUCACCACCCUGAGCAGCGAGCCGGGCCAGUCCCAGAGAACGCACAUCAAGACGGAGCAGCUGAGCCCCAGCCACUACAGCGAGCAGCAGCAGCACUCUCCGCAGCAGAUCGCCUACAGCCCCUUCAACCUUCCGCACUACAGCCCCUCCUACCCGCCCAUCACGCGCUCGCAGUACGACUACACCGACCACCAGAACUCCGGCUCCUACUACAGCCACGCAGCGGGCCAGGGCUCGGGGCUGUACUCCACAUUCACUUACAUGAACCCCGCGCAGCGCCCCAUGUACACCCCCAUCGCUGACACCUCCGGGGUCCCUUCCAUCCCGCAGACCCACAGCCCGCAGCAUUGGGAACAACCGGUCUACACACAGCUCACCAGACCCUGAGGAGCCCUUGAAGAGGGAUGGUGAGGGAGCUGAUCAUUAAAAAAAAAAAAAAAAGAAGAAGAAGAAGAAAAAGAAGAAGAAAGAAAGAAAGAAAUAGCCGAAGAAAUCAAGAACCAAUUGAAAUUCCUUUGGACACUUUUUUUUUUUUUUUUGUCGUUGUCCCUAUUUCUUAAAGACAUGUAAGCGAAGGUAACUAGUGCUGAGAUUCCAGAGAGAGACAUUGGGACUUUAUCCGAGCCCAUGCCAACCUAUUGCAAAUAGUCGGGUCACUCAUGGCCAGAUGGACCCACCUGAAUCAUCGAGGAAGGACUUGGGUCCUUCAGAGUCAACGUGGAGGACGAUUGGAGAAUCUCCCUGCCUGUUUGGACUCUGUAAUUAUUUUUUAGCCGUAAUUAAAGAAAAAAAAAAGUCCUCUGUGAGGAAUAUUCUCUAUUUUAAAUACUUUUAGUAUGUACUGUGUAUGAUUCAUUACCAUUUUGAGGGGAUUUAUACAUAUUUUAGAUGCAAAAUUAAAUGCUCUUAUUUUUCCAACAGCUUAACUACUCAUAGUUCAACAGUGGCCCCAAGCCUUCCUUGCAACCAGAAUAUUUGUGUACAGAUUUGCUUUCUCCUAAACAAACAAACAAAAAAACAAAAAACAAAAAAAAAAAACAGAAAAAAGAAAAAGAAAAAAAAGUGUGUUGUUAUAGUAACAUAAAAAAAUACACAGAAUUUUGUUACAUCAUCAGUUUUGGGGGUGAGCUUUGGUUAAUUCUCCAGGCUCUCGGAUUUCAGGAGCAGCUGCCUUAAAAAAAAAAAGAAAGAAAGAAAGAAAGAGAAAAAGAAAGCCUUAUUUUGCAAUAAGGGGGAUAAAUAUAGAGAACAUUGGUGACCUUUAUCAUAAAUAUACAUAUAUAUAUUUUUUGAACAAGAAGAAAAACACCUUGAGCCUUAAAACCCCCGCUGCUGGGAAAAUACAAAUGCUGUUCCUAGAACAUUCACAUGGUGCCUUUGCUUGCCGGCUGCAGCCUCAGAAGGAAAGCCAAGAGCAAGCGAAGGAGACCCAAUCUUCUUGGGGAAGAUUUUUUUUUUCAAGCAGCCUGUAAGUGCCCGAGCACAUUGCCCCCUGGUUGCCUGCCUGGGCCCCAUGUGCACAGCAGAUGCUGGAGCAAAAGGGCCCUGCUCAGACUGUCACCUGUGCCUCCCUGAACACCAGCAUUUAACCGUCAAGACAUUCCACGUGCUAAAAUUAUUUAUUUUGUAAGGAGGAGUUUUCAUUUUUUAAGAAAAAAAAAUCUCCUUCCUUUUUUUUCCUUUUUUUUCUUUUUUCUUUUCUUUUUUUUUUUUUUUUAAUUUACUGUCUUUAAGGUAGAUUGUUGGAGCCUUCCUCAAAGGGUAUGGUCAUCUGUUAAAUUAUGUUCUUAACUAUAACCAUUUUUUAAUUUAUCUUUAAUCUUUUUUAUUAUUAAAAGCAAGUCUCUUUGAAUUGUUCAUUCUAGAUUUGUGCAAAUGCUUUUUUGUCCGUCCUUGUGAUGUUUUCCCCCCUCCCAUUUUUUGUUGUUUUUUAUUGUUGGUAACAAACUGGAAACCUGUUUCUCUCUGUCUUGUACAAAUGAGAGGUUACCAAUGCAGGAUGUACAUCACUGAGUCGUUUGCAGAGUUUUCUGCCACAGGCCUUUGGGCUGCCGGGACUGAAUGUGAAAGUGUUCGCGGAUUGUGACAAGGAACAGCGCCAGCCCCUGCAAGCGUGUGUCAUGGAUAAGCCCCUGCCUGCUCUCCUACAGAGAGACUUCACAUCGAACAGACCUUAAUUCUUCCUCACUGCUGUGACUGAAGAGCAUGAGGAUUGCUUUUUUUAAGACGACAGCAGACUUUUUUUUUUAAUUUAAAAAAAAGAUAUAUUAACAGUUUUAGAAGUCAGUAGAAUAAAACCUUAAAGCAUUCUUAUAAUAUGGCAUCUUUCGAUUUCUGUAUAAAAACAGACCUUUUAAAAAAGUAUUUCUGUAACUUAAGAAACCUGACAUUUAAGUCAUAUUUUCUCUUUAGGUAGGGUUUGGUUUGUGUUUGUGUUUUGUUUGUUUCCUUCUCCAAACUUUUUGUUCUCUGUGGAACUCACCUUUCUUUCCUUCCUUUCUUUUUUGUAUAUUAUUGUUUACAAUAAAUAUACAUUGCAUUAAAGUGAAAA